GCCGUGAUACUCUUCCAUUCCUCGUGCUAUCUCCCAUUCUUUCCUUCUAUUUCCACUUCUGUCCCAUUUCUAACCCCUAGGUUUAGCUUCCAGCCGUUGCCUUCAACGACAACAAUGGCGUCCGCAGAUGUCGAAUACCGAUGCUUCGUCGGCGGGCUCAACUGGGCCACCGAUGAUCAAGCCCUGGAGCGGGCCUUUUCUCCCUACGGCGAGAUCCUCGGAUCGAAGAUUAUCAACGACCGCGAGACUGGUAGGUCCAGGGGCUUCGGAUUCGUAACCUUCAGCAAUGAGCAGUCGAUGAGGGAUGCGAUCGAGGGGAUGAACGGCCAGGAUCUCGACGGCCGUAACAUCACAGUGAACGAGGCUCAGUCCCGCGGGGGAGGUGGUGGCGGCUACAGCCGCGGUGGCGGCGGUGGAGGAUACGGUGGAGGCGGUGGAGGAUACGGUGGCGGCGGUGGAGGAUACAGUGGAGGUGGUGGAGGAUACGGCGGCGGCGGUGGACGCCGUGAAGGUGGAGGUGGGUACAGCCGAGGAGGCGGCGGAGGAGGCUACGGCGGUAGUGGGCGUGACCGUGGGUACGGGAGCGGCGGUGGGUCCAGGUACUCCAGCGGUGGUGAAAGUGGGGACUGGAGGAGCUAGAGGCUAGUGUACUAUUCGACUUUAGGGUCAAUAGAUGGUGAUGGGCUUGGUUAUGGUGUUAUGAUUUUAAAUUCCGGUUUAGUUUUCUUUAGUUAUGUAUCCUGAACUGAAAUUAGCUUUUAAUCGCAUGAGGUAUUCUACGCCAA